AUUCAUCUUUUGUCCGUUCUUUUGUUUUAACUUCCAAUAUAAAUUCUUGCUAUUUUUUUUCUUUCUACCCCAUCUUUUUCCAAAUUAUUAGGCGCUUUUUAAAUUCGUCUCGACAGAUACAUGGAGUUGGAUCCAAAGCUUUACGAGAAUAUCGUCGUAAGUGACAGUGACAUCCACAACAUUGUGCUGUCAUAUCUCGUACAUAACUGCUUCAAAGAGUCUGUGGAGUCCUUUGUUAGUUGUACAGGGAUAAAGCAGCCGACAAAUUGUCUCGAAGAGAUCGAUAAAAGAAAAAAAAUCCUCAAGUUUGCCCUGGAAGGCAAUGUUCUCGAAGCUAUUGAACUUACAAAAGAGCUGGCACCAGAGUUAUUGGAGGAAAAUAAGGAUUUGCACUUUGAUCUUUUGAGCCUUCAUUUUGUCGAGCUUGUGUGCUUACGAAAAUGCACAGAGGCCCUUGAAUUUGCUCAGAAGAAACUGACUCCUUUUGGCACAGUCCAGAAGUACAUAGAAAAGCUUGAGGAUUUUGUGGCUUUGCUUGCUUAUGAAGAACCAGAGAAAUCACCAAUGUUUCAUCUCCUUAGCGUAGAGUAUAAACAAGAUGUUGCAGAUAAGUUAAAUCGGGCUAUACUAGCUCAUGCCAAGCAAUCGAGUUAUUCAUCCUUGGAAAGACUCAUUCAGCAGACUACAGUUGUCAGACAACACUUGAAUCAAGAAGUUAACAAGGAUGGUCUUCUUCCAUUUUCGUUAAAGGAUUUCAUCAAGAGCUAAAAUUAAAAUAACUAUUCGAAAUGUCGAGCAAAGAGCAAGCAAGAUGAACAUGGAUUCAGAUCAAGUUAUUUCAUUUGCAGAUCGGUUUUUGGAAGCUAUGCAUAAUAUAAAAGUGUAUCGACUUUCCGCUGGCUGAGCACGAAACCAUUAUAACACUGUGUACAGCUUGUAAAUUUGUCACCAGACAUUGAUUGCUGAGUUUAGCUCAUAGAAAUUCACUUUCAUCAUUGUAUUAACUUGUUAUCCUCCUUUUAUUGUCACAAAUUUUAGCGCGUUGCAA